GGAUUCUCGGUGACACAUGGAAGUGGGCGUGUCGUAGGUCAUGGUCGGGUGUUGCAGCCCAGGGUGGGGAUUACUGUGCUAGUAGGUGGAGAGCGCACUGUGUUCUGCCUGCUGGUAUAUCCUUUCACGGUUUUAACUAAGGAGAACCGAAUAUACAGCUUCUACAUUCCGCUUUCAUCAUGAAGUCCAAAAUAACUCCUGCUGUGAGAAGUUACUUUGUAACCUUCAUCUGCCUUAUGGUCUUCAUCACUGGUGCUAAUGGUGACUGUGUCAAACCUCCCAGAUUCGAUUAUGCAGUGCUGUCUACUACUUCUCAAUAUGAUGACACGUUUACAACGGGCCAAUCCGUGGAGUACUCCUGUGUUCCUGGCUAUAUAAAAAUUAAUAACAAUAAUGUUCGAGUGUGUCUGGCAGAUUCAACUUGGUCCACUCCAUCAACACCAUUCUGUGAAUUAAGAAAAUGUCCAGGUCCUCCAGACAUAUUGCAUGGGACAUCAGAAUAUGAAGAUGUUACUUUUGGCUCGAUAGUGACCUAUAAAUGUAACGAAGGGUAUAGAUUUAUAAAUAAGAAUACAAGAGAAUGUCAGGCUGACGGACAGUGGAGUGGAGAACUUCCUAUAUGUGAAGUGCAAAUCUGUCCUCCUCCAAAUGCAAUUACUGAUGGAGACUAUGAUCCCAAAAAGGAUGAAUACGAGUACCUGAACGCUGUGACCUAUACAUGCAACAAAGACUUAACGUUGGUCGGUGCAGGUUCAAUAUUCUGCACAGCAUUUGGAAACUGGAGCAAUGUUGAACCACAGUGCAAAGUUGUCAGUUGUGCUGACCCAAAUGUCCCGAAUUCUGAAAGAACAUCAGGAUUUAUUGGUCCAUACAUCCUCAAUUCUGCAAUAACUUUUAAAUGUAAAAGUGGUUUUGUCAUGGUGGGAAGUGACUCCGUAAGAUGCAAUAUUCAAAGCCAGUGGGAGCCUCAGUUGCCUUUAUGUUCACUUGAAUGCCCUACCCCUAAUGUUGAGAAUGCAAAGAAACUAACAGGAUUAACUGGUCCUUACACAUUAAAUUCCUCUGUGACAUUUGAGUGUAAUAAAGAUUUCAUCAUGACUGGAUCAUCUUCUGUAACAUGCAAUGAUAAGGGGCAGUGGGAUCCUCAGUUGCCCACAUGUCAAAUUGAAUGCCCUACCCCUAAUGUUGAGCAUGCUAAGAAAUUAACAGGAUUAACCGGUCCUUACAUAUUUAAGUCUACUGUGACAUUUGAAUGUAAUAAAGCUUUCAUCAUGACUGGAUCAUCUUCUGUAACAUGCAGUGAGAAGGGUCAGUGGGAACCUCAAUUGCCCACAUGUCAAAAAAUUGAAUGCCCUACCCCUAAUGUUCAGAAUGCUGAGAAACUAACAGGAUUAACUGGUCCUUACACAUUAAAUUCCUCUGUGACAUUUGGGUGUAAUAAAGAUUUCAUCAUGACUGGAUCAUCUUCUGUAACAUGCAAUGAUAAGGGGCAGUGGGAUCCUCAGUUGCCCAUAUGUCACAGUAAAUGUUCACCCCCUGUUGUCGAGAACGCUAACAUAGUACCAGGAUCUAUUGUCUCGGGCCCACAUAUAUGGAAUUCAUCUGUGACAUUUCAAUGUACUGGCGAUUUCACAAUGAGUGGUUCUGCCACUGUAAAGUGUGAUGUAAAUGGUGCGUGGCAACCAGCAUUACCUGUAUGUGAGGGGAACAGCAAUGUGGGUGCAAUUGUUGGAGGAAUUGUCGGAGCACUAGGUAUUAUUGGAAUAUUGGGCGCUGGAAUAUACUUUUAUUGUAGAAAAAAAGGUUUGGUUUCUCCCUCAAACAGUAAAUAUAAUGAUACGUCAUCGAAUAAUCAGACACAUGUGGAUCAAGCUUCUAAGAGUUCAAUUCGUUAUAAAAAUCAAACUCAGGUACACUUGUUUUCGUAUCCAGCACACCAACAUCUUCCGGAGCUUUGCUUUCCACCACUCCCGGAUUUCUGCUGGCAUUUUGUAGCCUUGUUUGCUUUAAUGGUUUUUGUAUACUAACAUACAUGUGUGCUAGCUGCUUAUAUUGAUGCUUUCCAAUUAUUACAGUGCAUGAAAAGAGUCUUGGUAGGUUUUAAGAGGUGUAAAUAAAGUGAAGCCUCUACAA